AGAGCUUGCAUCACAUCCGCCGCCUGGGCGCCCAAGUCCGGAAGGUGCUGCACAGCUGUGGCGGCGGGUACUGCGUUAGUGAUUAGAGUUUCUUCCCUGCCGGAGGUGGGAUACACGGUAGCAUCAUGGUCGAGGAGGUACAGAAACAUUCUGUACACACCCUUGUGUUCAGGUCAUUGAAGAGGACCCAUGACAUGUUUGUAGCUGAUAAUGGAAAACCUGUGCCUUUAGAUGAAGAGAGCUUCCCGCUGCUCUCAGAGCCUUGCUGAGCUGAAAUUGUACCUGGCCAGUACCUCUACUCCCAUCUUUUCUCUCACAAACGAAAAAUGGCAAUCAAGCUUCGUAAUGAGUAUGGUCCUGUGUUGCAUAUGCCUACUUCAAAAGAAAAUCUUAAAGAGAAGGGUCCUCAGAAUGCAACGGAUUCAUAUGUUCAUAAACAGUACCCUGCCAAUCAAGGACAAGAAGUUGAAUACUUUGUGGCAGGUACACAUCCAUACCCACCAGGACCUGGGGUUGCUUUGACAGCAGAUACUAAGAUCCAGAGAAUGCCAAGUGAAUCAGCUGCACAGUCCUUAGCGGUGGCAUUACCUUCGCAGACCAAGGCUGAUGCAAAUCGUACUGCACCUAGUGGAAGUGAAUACCGACAUCCUGGGGCUUCUGACCGUCCACAGCCUACAGCGAUGAAUUCAAUUGUCAUGGAGACUGGCAAUACCAAGAACUCUGCACUGAUGGCUAAAAAAGCCCCUACAAUGCCAAAACCCCAGUGGCACCCACCGUGGAAACUCUACAGGGUUAUCAGUGGGCAUCUUGGCUGGGUUCGAUGUAUUGCUGUGGAACCUGGAAAUCAGUGGUUUGUUACUGGAUCUGCUGACAGAACUAUAAAGAUCUGGGACUUGGCUAGUGGCAAAUUAAAACUGUCAUUGACUGGGCAUAUUAGUACUGUGCGGGGCGUGAUAGUAAGCACAAGGAGCCCAUACCUGUUCUCUUGUGGAGAAGACAAACAAGUGAAAUGCUGGGAUCUCGAAUACAAUAAGGUUAUACGGCAUUAUCAUGGACAUUUAAGUGCAGUGUAUGGUUUGGAUUUGCACCCGACAAUCGAUGUGUUGGUAACCUGUAGUCGAGAUUCAACUGCACGGAUUUGGGAUGUGAGAACUAAAGCCAGUGUACACACAUUAUCUGGACAUACAAAUGCAGUUGCUACAGUGAGAUGUCAGGCUGCAGAACCACAAAUUAUUACAGGAAGCCAUGAUACUACAAUUCGAUUAUGGGAUCUGGUGGCUGGAAAAACAAGAGUGACAUUAACAAAUCACAAAAAAUCAGUUAGGGCUGUGGUUUUACAUCCAAGACAUUACACAUUUGCAUCUGGUUCUCCAGAUAACAUAAAGCAGUGGAAAUUCCCUGAUGGAAGUUUCAUUCAAAAUCUUUCCGGUCAUAAUGCUAUUAUUAACACAUUGACGGUAAAUUCUGAUGGAGUGCUUGUAUCUGGAGCUGACAAUGGCACCAUGCAUCUUUGGGACUGGAGAACUGGCUACAAUUUUCAGAGAGUUCACGCAGCUGUGCAACCUGGGUCUUUGGACAGUGAAUCAGGAAUAUUUGCUUGUGCUUUUGAUCAGUCUGAAAGUCGAUUACUAACAGCUGAAGCCGAUAAAACCAUUAAAGUAUACAGAGAGGAUGACACAGCCACAGAAGAAACUCAUCCAGUCAGCUGGAAACCAGAAAUUAUCAAGAGAAAGAGAUUUUAAUGAAUGUGGAAUUUUUUCUCUCUCUUUUUUUUUCUUUUUAAUUAAAAAAAAAAAGCUUGGCGUUCAUGAGGAUAUCCAGUCAUUUUGUGCUCUGGCUGGGAAUAUAAAGGAGAAAUUCACUUGCUUCAAUCAUUGCUGCUUCAUAUUUUACAAUAAACUGUCCCCUGUCCCCUACCCCUGUGUUUUUAUUUCUAAAACAAUUUGUGAUACUAGGAAGAUGCAGAUAUCAAGUAAAUGCAGGUUUAUUGAACAUAACUAUUCUAGAUGUAAUAUUUUGACAGUCUUAUUAGAAAACCCCCUUUUUAAAAAAAAAUGUAUGAAACUGAUUAUUAGGACAUUUGAAGGAGCAGUACUUUUUUUUUAGUCCUUUAAAAACUAAUAUCUGUGACUAAUAAUUUGAGAUUAAAAGAUUUGAAGUCUUAA